AGUCAUUAGCGCCUGCGGAGAGGCUCGACCGCGGGUGACUGGAGAAGUCCUGCACCAACAACAAUGGCUGUCGCGACUUCGGCGGCCCGGAUUUGGCUGGGCGUGGGGGGCUUUAGGGCCAUGCAAGCCCGAGGCUUCAGCUCCGAACGGUCAGACUCCAGCGCUGGCUCAAUCCGGGAGGCAGGUGGGGCCUUUGGAAAGAGAGAGCAAGCUGAAGAGGAACGAUACUUCCGAGCACGCACUAAAGAACAACUGGCAGCCUUGAAGAAACACCAUGAAGAGGAGAUCACCCAUCAUGUAAAGGAAAUUGAGCGUCUGCAGAAAGAAAUUGAGCGGCACAAGAAGAAGAUCAAACAUCUAAAAGACGACGAUGAUUAAAUGUGUGCAGUUCCCAUAGAAUAUCAUCGCCCACUUCUGUGGAAACAUAGUUCUGGCUUUAUUAAUAUCUAUCUGUGCUGCCAACAGAUUAUAAUAAAUUGUCAUCAAUGAA